AUGAAUAUUACGUAACAGCAAAUCAUUCAUUAUAUAGAAUCUCUCUAAUGUCCAGAGCACCUUCAACCUAUCAAAUACAUUAAUUUGUCCUCAAAUAUUUAAUUAAACUAAAGACUUAUAUGUUCAAAUUGUGCUAAAAAUGGUUUAGCUGGCUACCUUGAAAUUGAAGCUGCUGUUAUUUAAAUGAAUUAAGAAAAACUAUCAAAUUCAGUUAAAAUAAUGUUUCAAUAACUUUUUAGUUCAGUUAACACAAUCAGAAACAAAUUUGAUGCAUAUGCCAAUCCUAAAAUAUAUUUUCAUAAUCUCACAUAGAAUAUGGAAGGACUCACUUAAUUUUAAAAUGAAGCUAAUAGUUAUUAUAUUAAUAAUAUUCAAAAUCUUAACUAAUAAUAGAUACUUCUAUAAUCUAAAAGUUAAAUAACUAAUUCUAUUUAGAUUUUUGAAAGCUUCUAGCGUAAAAUAUCAUCUCUUUCAGUUAAACAUAUUCCAUAAUAACCUAUAUUAUAAGAAGUUUGUAAUUUGAAAUUUGAUGAAUCAAUUUUAUUAGAAACUAAUUUAGAAGAUACUGAAUUCUAUAUUGCUAAACACGGAUAACUAUUAAUAUACUCUUAAGAUUAAAAUAAUUUAUAACUAUAAUAAACUGUUUAAUUAAAAGCAAUAGAUAUUAAUUGUGUUGUUAAAGCUCAUAUUAAAUCACUCAUCUUUUUAGGACUUAAAAAUGGAUAAGUUGAAAUUUUUGAAUAAUUAACUAAUAGAAAUUAUGUUUCUUCUCAUUUAUUACAUGCACAUGAUUACAAUCCAUCUAAAAGCCAUUUUGGAGUCUCAUGCAUUAUAGUCAAUUAAGAAGAUUCUGAAAUUAUUACUGGAGGAUACGACUUUCUUAUCAAAAUCUGGAUAUUCUAAAACUACUAAUGGUCUAAUAAACAGAUAUUAACUCAACAUAAAAGUCAUAUUAACUCUUUAUCCUAUAAUUUAGAUUUUACUUUAUUUGGAUCUGCUAGUUAAGAUUAAAAAUUUGCAUUUUAUAAAUCUACUUCAGAAAAUACCUAUUUAAAUACCUUUUUAUAAUAAGCUUAACAAAAAGUUAAUACUAUUUGUUUUGUUAGUUCCACUGACUUUUUUAUUUCUUUUAAUUAAGAAAGAUUUAUCUUAUUAUAUAGAAUUAUCAAUCUUUUAAAUCCAAAUUUUAAAAUUCAACAUCUGUAAAAGAUAGAAUUUAACAUGUUAAACACAGAUAUUUAGAUUAAAGUUUAACCUAUCUAUUAUAAAUCCUUAAAUUUAUUGAUUUACCAAAACAGUGCGGAAACCUAUUUCCUCAAUAAAAAUAAUUAAACAUAAUAAUUUGAAAUCUUUUCUAUUUAUCCCUAAAAUUAAGAUUUUACUUUUUUAAAAGGAGAUGCAGUAAGAUUGUAUCAUUUUGGUUAAUUUGCCAUUCAAACUUUGAAAAAAAACGAUCAAUCAAUUGUUUAAAUUGUUCGGAUUUGA